AAGCGCUGGAGCUUCUUGGACUGAUGCUGCGCGAUCCAACCGGCCAGCAAGCUUCCCCUGGAGUUUUUCAAAGAAACAGACUUCGGAUAGUUUCCAGAGCAGAUGGGAAAACUGAGACAAAGCGGUUAAGCAACCUGCUUUAAGUUCUUGUCUGAACCAGGAUUGUCAUAGAUGAUAUCUGGCCUUCUGAUCAUGUCUACAGACUACUAAGACCACAGUUUUCUAUAUGCUCCAGGGAAGUGGGACGCCCCUUUGGCAAUCUGUCAGUGCCAGGCUCAGCUGCGUUCUUUCACUGAGUGAUUUCUAACCAGACUGACAGUCCUUAAAACAAGUAUGCAGUUAAACUGCUAAGGGAUGGAGGAAGCUAGUUUGUGCCUUGGUGUUUCUUCAGCUGUACCGGAGGCUGAUGCCCACCUCAACAGCUCCAUACUCAAUGGCCAGUAUUCAAUGAGUCAGAAGCUACAUCAGAUAACAUCCCAGCUCAGCCAUGCAUUCCCGGAGCUUCAGAACAGGCAAAAUCCCGAAGAGAAGUCCUCGCUUCUAGACGACAAGAGCCACGUGUCCUUAGCAAAUCAGCCCAUCAACAGCCAGAUGGCCUUGCUAGCCAAUCAGCUUAACCGAGAGGUUGACACCAGCUUGAAUGGGAGGGUGGACCUGCAGCAGUUCUUGAAUGGACAGAACCUGGGCAUCAUGUCUCAGAUGAGCGAUAUUGAGGAUGAUGCCAGGAAGAACAGGAAAUAUCCGUGCCCCCUGUGUGGGAAGCGUUUUCGCUUCAACAGCAUUCUGUCGCUCCACAUGCGCACUCACACGGGGGAGAAGCCCUUCAAGUGCCCCUACUGCGAUCACAGAGCCGCUCAGAAGGGGAACUUGAAGAUUCACCUGCGUACUCACAAGCUUGGGAACCUCGGCAAAGGCCGUGGGAGGGUUCGAGAAGAAAACAGACUCUUGCAUGAGCUGGAAGAGAGGGCGAUUUUGCGGGACAAGCAGAUGAAAAGUAGUCUUCUGCAGCCUAGGCCUGACAUCAAGGCACACCCGCAUUCUCAGCCGAUGCCCCUUGCUAACUGCAAUUUGUCUGUGCCGGCGAACCACAGCACCCCUGAUAUUUCCAACCCGGUGCCCUCCCCGAAGCCUGCCAGCGUGCAGGAAGAGGUGGUAGCCACCGCGGCUGGGUUUCGGUGCACUUUUUGCAAAGGGAAGUUCAAGAAGCGGGAAGAGCUGGAUCGGCACAUCAGGAUCCUUCACAAGCCUUACAAGUGUACUUUGUGUGAUUUUGCGGCAUCGCAGGAGGAAGAGUUGAUCAGUCACGUGGAGAAAGCGCACAUAACGGCUGAGUCAGCUCAGGGGCAGGGGUCCAAUGGAAACGGAGAGCAGGCUGCCAGUGAGUUUCGGUGCGAAGUGUGUGGCCAGGUCUUCAGCCAAGCUUGGUUCCUGAAAGGACACAUGAGGAAGCACAAGGAUUCCUUUGAGCACUGCUGCCAAAUUUGUGGGAGGCGCUUCAAGGAGCCUUGGUUCCUGAAGAACCACAUGAAGGUCCACCUGAACAAACUCUCCGUGAAGAACAAAUCUCCCGGUGACUCGGAAGCACACGUGUCCAUCUCCAGCAUGACGCAGGAAGCACAUGCCAACUUGUACUCGAGAUAUUUGUCCUGCUUGCAAAGUGGCUUCCUCCCUCCUGACAAAGCGGGUUUAAGCGAGCAGAACCAGACCUACAGCAAAGGAGAUUUGCCCAUGAAAGAGAGAGAAGUCCUGGGCAAGCUGCUGUCCCCCAUUGCCGGCAUUGGCCACAGUCUUGCUGAAGGGGACAAGCAUUCUUUACUGGGCUGCCUCAACCUUGUGCCUCCUCUCAAAUCCAGCUGCAUAGAAAGGCUGCAGGCUGCAGCCAAGGCUGCCGAAAUGGACCCUGUAAACAGCUACCAAGCGUGGCAGCUUAUGGCGAGGGGAAUGGCCAUGGAACAUGGCUUUUUGACUAAAGAGCACCAGAUACAGCGGGGCCAUGAAGACUCUUUGGCAAAUGCUGGCGUUCUGUUUGAUAAGGAGAAGCGGGAGUAUGUGUUACUAGGAGCAGAUGGCUCCAAGCAGAAAAUGCCUGCUGAUUUGGUUCACAGCACUAAAAUGGGCAAUCAGAGAGACUUGUCAAACAAACUAGACCCUUUGGAAGGCAGUCGAGAUUUUCUAUCUCACGGGAUGAACCAAGGGCUUGAUUAUAACAUGCAGAGUCAUGGCAACACGAAAGAGAAGCCAACUGAAUGUCCCGACUGCGGUCGGGUAUUUAGAACAUACCACCAAGUUGUUGUUCAUUCUAGAGUUCACAAGAGAGACAGGAAGGCAGAAGAUGAGAUCAUUCAGGGCAGCCUUGAAGAACGCCGUGGGUCUGGGAGUGAUCAGGAAUCUCAGUCCAUCAGCAGGUCGACAACGCCAGGGUCCUCCAAUAUUACGGAAGAAAGCGGAAUGGGUGGAGGCCUGUCGCAGACAGGAAGUGCCCAGGAAGACAGUCCGCACCCGUCCUCACCUUCUUCCUCAGACAUUGGAGAAGAAGCGGGGAGAUGUGUUGGAGCCCAGCAGCCAGCUCUGCUGAGAGACCGGAGCCUUGGGUCUGCCAUGAAAGAUUGUCCCUACUGUGGGAAAACUUUCAGGACAUCACACCACUUAAAAGUUCACUUGAGGAUACACACAGCUGCCAGAAGUCACUCCAACCUAAACGCCUGUUCCAGAUGUUUGGCAUUCAGAAGGCCCAAGGUUCAAAUCUCAGGAUCUCCUGGGGAGAAGCCCUACAAGUGUCCGCACUGUGAUUAUGCUGGCACUCAGUCUGCGUCACUCAAAUACCACUUGGAACGGCACCACCGGGAACGACAGAACGGAGCCGGAUCACUCCCUGGGCAGUCCCAAAGCCAAGAACACAAAGAGGAGGCAUCAAGCAAAGGGUCGAUGUUCAUUAGACCUGAAGUCCUGAGGGGGGCUUUCAAAGGUCUUCCUGGCAUAGAUUUCCGAAGUGGUCUAGGAUCUCCACAAUGGUCUCCAGGGAUGCUGUCCUCAGGAGACCAUCCAGGCCAUUCAGUUGCCAUGGCAUCAGAGGUUCCUUCAGAAAAUUUGAAGGGAUCUGAUCUAUCUUCCAAAGGAGCACGCUUUUCUGAACUGGGCCGAGCUUAUCAUAGCAUGGUUGGGAAUGGAGUGAACUUCCAAGGGUCGCUACAAGCCUUCAUGGACAACUUUGUCCUCAGUUCCCUGAAGAAAGAAAAAGAAAUGAAGGAGAAAGUCCUCUCGGAUUGCCUUUCCACCAAACCUCUCGGUUCAGAGAACAGUGAAGAAAAGGUAUCUAGCAAGCAAAGAAAAACAGAAAAAUCACAGUAUGAACCGCUUGAUCUCUCUGUGAGGCCAGAUGCAGCCAGUCUUCCAGGUUCAUCCGUUACUGUCCAAGAUAACAUUGCUUGGCAUGGCUGCUUGUUUUGCUCCUUCACAACAUCAUCCAUGGAAUUAAUGGCGCUCCACCUCCAAGCCAAUCACUUAGGCAAAGCUAAACGUAAAGAUGGUGUUUUAGGAUCAAUGAGAAAUGGGAAAGACCAACCUAGGGAGGCUGUUGCUUCAGCAAAUAAAGCCAGCUUGCUGAAAGCUUCCAUACAGUCCAGCAAAGAUGCAGCCAUUUCCAAUGUGAUUGGCCAGAUGGACUCAGGUUCUGAAGGAAUGAAUCAAGGGUCCAAGGAGUCACCGGCAGAGCAAAAGAAUGCCGCUUGGCCUGGCCACGUGGAUUCCACUUUUUAUAAUUUUGCGGCAGACUUCUAUAAGCAAUUUGGUGUUUAUUCUGGAGUCGUUGGAGUGCACAGUUCUUGCACCACUAGCGAAUCAGACAUAAAAGCACAGUCUGACGAUGAUCCUACCAUGCUGCUUUCUGACUCUGUAAAUAAAAGUGCUACUGACGACCUCUCAGAUAUUGCUUCAUCUGAAGAUAUGGAGUCCUCCAAGGAAGAGAACAUUGAUGAGGAGGACAUUGCGGCAGAACCCACUCUUACGAACAAAGCAUUGUCCAAUCUGAACAAAGAUGCUAUUGACCGAGGGGAGAGCGUACGCGGCUCUGCUGCCUCAAAAACUUCACAAGGACUAAUGUCACCAUUGCCACCUUCCGAAAAGCAGUGGCACAGUCAGAGUCUGCUCUCCUCGCACGAAGUUGCACAGGGUGCAAUGAAGCCGGAACAAGCUCCAAGUCCCCAGGUGCUGGAGAAACAAGUCAACAUGCUCUCAGUCUUAAGAGCCUACAGCUCUGAUGGCUUAGCAGCCUUUAAUGGACUUGCAAGUAGCACAGGAAGUGGUGGCUGCAUCAAGAGACCUGACUUGUGUGAUGAUUCUCAAUGACUGAUUUUCAAGAGAAAAUCCAGACAGGUCACCGGCCUUUCCAAUGCCGAUAUUGUCCCUACAGUGCCUCUCAGAAGGGAAAUUUGAAGACCCACGUUCUUUGUGUCCAUCGCAUGCCUUUUGACAACAGCCAGUACCCAGAUCGCAGGUUCAAGCGCUCCAGAGUUGACUCCGAGGCUUCUGGGAAUUUAGAGGAACCUGCAGCUGUCAAACCUGGGAACUCAACAGAGUUAACCGAGGAGGGCAGGAAGGCCCAAGAGUAACGCAGCAGAACAAAUCAAUCUAUACAUUGCAAUAUUAUUUUACACAGUUUUUAGAUAUGCAUUUGGGUAGCAGAGUGUUUGCUUAACUGCCUUCUGAGGAAAACAAAUUGUGUGCAUAUUCCCAGAAGUGUACAUGAUGUUUAAGACAUUAAAGUUAGAUAUAUAUAUAUAUAUAUAUAUAUAUAUGAAAAGGAAAAAAAACAGCCCUUGAAAAUGGCUGCUAAACUGUUACCUGGCAACAAGUACUUCCAAACAAUGUAGGUGGGGAUAAAUCAAAAGGGUGUUUCCCCCCCCACCAAACGUGAGGAGGAUGUAAAAUUUGUGUGUGUGAAAUAUAUGGAAAUAAAGGGGACAUUUCCAACAUGAAAGUGGUCUUUGUCCGGAAAUCACGCUCUUACCAGAAAAAAGCAAGCAAGCAAGCAAAAAUCACCCCACACACCUUACAGCACCCACCUUGCAGAUUUCAUGUUGCCUUGAGGAUGGCAGGAGUGUGUGUCUGUGAGGGGGUCUGUGUUUUCAUUGUUGAAAACACCUUUUUAAUAUGACGCCAACUGCGGUCGUUUGCCUAGCAUAGUAAUGAGAUGUGUUGGGAGACUGACAUGGUUCCAGCCUGACCGGAGAUGUCACUGCAGAGAAAAUCAAUUCAACUGCACUAUAGGAGGAAUUUUAGACGGCCCAUAAGCUACGGUCAAUGCUGACCUAUAUUGAAAAGGAUUCUGCAUUACAUUUUAAUUUUAAAAAGAUAUAUAUAUAGAUAGAUAGAUUGAUUGAUAGAUAUAGAGAUAGCUAGAUAGACGCACAUAUAGGUACACACACACACACACACUCACUAAUGGCCAAAUGAAUUAAGUGUUAUAGAGAAAAAAAUUCUGCAGCCCAAUGAGAGAUUGUAGAUUUAUUGUAUGAUGUCUUUUGGGGGUUGUUUUAUUAUUAUUAUUUUUAGAUCAACUU